AAAAAAAGCAUGUAAAUUGGAGAUAAGGUUUAUCUUAUGCUUGUUUGGAAGAAAUCUAUUGCCGAACAAGGCCAAGCCACCGACCCACACCUCUUCUUGAAAAACCGGAAAUUUUCGGAUCUGCUCUGCUCUGCUCUGUUCCUUCCGUCUGUUGCUCUUCAUUGUGUGGGUGUGAUUUUUCUGGUUUCUGAUCCCAAAAAUUUCCCCUGCACUUCCGCUAGCCUUCCCCAAACUGCAAUUCCGAUUUUGCUUGCUAAAUUCUGGUAUGUGAUAGCUCCAUCUAAGUCCAAAUUACCGUUAGUUGCUGAAUUUAGUCCAGUUGAUUGCCGCACUGUGUUGUCCGAAUUUUUGCUGAAAUGGGAGAGGAAUUCCAAUAGCAAUUAGGACAAUUUAAGCAUUAAUUCAAGUAGAAUUUAUGUGAUUGAGUAUUAAUUGGCUACUGUGAGAUUCUGGAGAAAAAUCCCGUGAAAUUAGCUAUUGUUUUGCCAAUUUCUGAAGUUGCAGUUACUGUUUACUGUGUAAUUACUGUUUAUAGGUUAUUGAUUGUUUUGUUACCCUAGUACUUGGAGUGAGUUGUUUAUGUUAUGUGACUGAGUGAUGGGUAGCGAACGUGAUAUUAUUUGUAUGAUGGAAAGCACAAAUCGUUUUCAGAUAGCGACCGGCGUGUACGAGGGGAUGCGUUUUUUGUUUUUUUCUUUUUUUUUUACAGGUAAUAGAAAAGUCUUCUUCAGUGGUAGGAUACUAGGAGUACUAGGUUUUUUAUUUUUUCCUUUUUUUUUUUGGCUAACAGUGGGAGUACUAGUUUAGGUGGCUGAAGUUGUUAUUACCGUAAUUUUUAUUAAG